AUGAAGACAGUCAACACCGUCCUCUCCUUGGCCCUUGCCACCACCGUGGCAGGUCACGGAUACAUGUACAUCCCUGACAGCCGCACCAAGCUCGGCAACGAGGCCGGAGUUGACUCCUGCCCCGAAUGCGCCAUCCUUGAGCCCGUUGAGUCCUGGCCCGAUCUCGACGCCGCCCCAAUCAGCCGUAGCGGCCCUUGCGGCUACAACGCCCGCGACGGAAUCGACUACAACCAACCCACCAGCAACUGGGGCACCUCGACUGUCGCGACGUACAAAGCCGGCGACGAGAUCGAAGUGCAGUGGUGUGUCGACCACAACGGCGACCACGGCGGCAUGUUCAGCUACCGCAUCUGCCAGAACCAAGAUAUUGUCGACAAGCUGCUCGACCCCGACUACCUGCCGACCGAGGAUGAGAAGCAGGAGGCGGAAGACUGCUUCAACGAGGGCCUGUUGAAGUGCACAGACGUCGACGGCCAGGAAUGCGGGUACAGUGCGGACUGCGAGGAGGGCGAGGCGUGUUGGCGCAAUGACUGGUUCACAUGUAAUGGGUUCGAGGCCUCGGACAGGCCCAAGUGUCAAGGUGUGGAUAACGCGGAGCUGAACUCGUGCUACACCAGCAUUGCCGGGGGUUAUACGGUGACGAAGAAGGUGAAGAUUCCGGACUACGUCUCCAACCAUACUCUGCUUUCUUUCAAGUGGAACUCUUGGCAGACUGGACAGAUCUAUCUGUCCUGCGCAGAUGUCGCCAUUGAGUAG